ACACCGAUAUUUCUGUUAUAACAAAUAGGUGCAUUAAAAAGCACUUGGUGUUAAAACAUACAUAUUUCAUUUUUUCUGCAUUAUCUUCCCUAAAGGGUGGUUUUUGUUGACCGUCAAUAAAUUCGGCUUAGGGCGUGCUUUAUUUAGGUUCGAAACAUGUGUAAAAGUGUGGCGCUUUUUUUCCUGCUGCUUCCUGCUGUUUUCACUCUUCCAACACAAGACGAUUUAAUGCAGGAACUGGGAGACGACACCGCCGUAGUGGAGUCCACAGUGCGAGAAGCCAGAGCCAUUGUUCCUGAACACAUCGAGGAUCUCUUACAACCAGGAGUUAAAGAAGCUUUCUUGCACACUUACGGUGACAAAGAAGACGCCGAUGGGGACGUUCAGGGGUACCGCAAGAAAACGCAAGAUAAAGGCAGCGAUGGAUAUAACCAUUUCGACAGUUACCACAAGAAAGAUGGAGACAAAUACGGAUAUGAAAUCCACUCAGAGUAUGGGAAAUCGGACAAAGCUAGUGCUGGAAAUACCGGAAAAUCUGGGAAGCACUCCGAUGGUGAUGGUGGAUCUGAAACCAAAAAAGCGUACAAAGUAGUUGAAAAUGUCAAUGAGGGUAAAAAGGGCGUAAGCGCUGUUGAAGAUUAUGACGGCGAUUCCGGCUAUUACGCCGAUUCCGGUGACUCGGAAGGCUACACGGAUGGAGAAUCUGAAAAUUACAGCGAAGGAGAAGGAGAAUCCGGAGGAUACGUCGAGGGAGGAGACUCCGAAUCGGAAUAUUACGGAGGAUAUGAUGAAGGAGAUGGUGAUUCAGGUCAUUACACAGAGGAUGGCGACGAUGGAGCGGAAUAUAGUGAAGCAGAAACCGAGGACGACGAUGAUUAUUGAUUCUCGUUUGAUACACUUUGUUACCUGUUUUUAUUGUUAAAAAAUAAACAAAAUUGUUGCC